GCCAAUUCGAAAAGAAUGCACCCACUCAGUACUGGAAACGUAGCUGACUGCAAGAGAGCCACACUCAUUUUCCACCCAGCUAGUUAAUUCUGCUACAGUCAAGUUACACAACGAUAUUGGAAGGUAGCUAUAUAUGGAACAAUGGACGAUUACGUGAAAAUAGAGAAAAUCGGAGAGGGUACCUAUGGGGUUGUGUAUAAAGGCAGACACAAGACAACAGGCCAGGUGGUGGCAAUGAAGAAGAUCCGUCUGGAGAGUGAGGAGGAGGGAGUGCCAAGCACGGCUGUUAGAGAGAUCUCUCUUCUCAAAGAGCUAGCGCACCCUAAUGUUGUACAGCUUCUAGAUGUGCUGAUGCAGGAGUCCAGACUGUACCUCAUCUUUGAGUUCCUGUCCAUGGACCUAAAGAAAUACCUAGACUCUAUCCCCUCAGGCCAGUACAUGGACCCCAUGCUUGUGAAGAGCUAUCUGUACCAGAUCUUGGAAGGCAUCCUGUUCUGCCACUGUAGAAGGGUCCUCCACAGAGACCUGAAACCUCAGAACCUGCUGAUUGACAACAAGGGAGUGAUCAAGCUGGCAGACUUUGGGUUGGCCAGGGCUUUCGGGGUGCCAGUCCGGGUAUAUACCCACGAGGUUGUGACACUGUGGUACAGGGCUCCUGAGGUGCUGCUGGGGGCCCCACGUUACUCCACCCCUGUGGAUGUCUGGAGUAUUGGGACCAUCUUUGCAGAGUUGGCUACAAAGAAACCACUUUUCCACGGAGACUCAGAGAUAGACCAGCUUUUCAGGAUUUUCAGGACCCUUGGUACUCCCAACAAUGACAUCUGGCCAGAGGUUGAGUCUCUGCCUGACUACAAGAACACGUUCCCCAAGUGGAAGUCUGGGAACCUGUCUUCCAUGGUGAAGAACCUGGACAAGAAAGGCAUUGAUCUGCUUGCUAAAACACUAAUCUAUGACCCACCCAAGAGGAUCUCUGCCAGACAGGCAAUGAGCCAUCCAUACUUUGACGACCUGGACAAAACCACUCUACCUGCCAGCACGGUCAAGAUGUAAACGCCACACAGCUCGACUCAAAGGACCUGAAAAAUAGUACAAUUAUGGAAGCAUAUUGAUCGUUUUGUUUGUAUGUUUUUUUCUUUGUUUGUCCUUUUUCUAUCUACCGGUAAUAUUAAUCAUUAUUCUGUAAAUAGCGUUUAAAAAAUGAAACCGGUUUGGAUCUAAAGUGACACGUACUAAAGGUUACAUUCAAAAGUAGUAUAUUUUCAAUAAAGUGCACUUUUCUAGAUCCGUUA